AUGAAUCAAUUAUUUUGUCGAUUGUCGAGAGCUUCGGAAAUUUAUAAAAUUAUUAUUCCAAGGCAGCAAUCAAUUUUUAAUAGCAAUGUAUUUAGACAUGGACGAUUGAAAAUGCGAAUAGUCUUAUUGCGACGGCAACUACGAGCGGAUUGGUGGCAUUGUGGAAUACUGAAAAGGCUGCAACAUUUAUAUAAAACUCAUUCUCGAUCAGUUUCUAAAGUUUGUUUUCACCAAUCUGAUAAAAAUUUGUUAAUAAGCGGUUUAAAAGACGGAUGUGUUGUUUUGUACGACUUGCGAUUACCUAAGUUUACCGCGAAAUUCAUAAGUAAGUUCUCAUCUGAUCCAGUUCGUGAUGUCCAGUUUGGAUUACAUACUGGUCAGACGGAUGUGUUUGUUGUUGCAGAUGAUGGAGGUUCUAUGCAUUUUUGGGAUCUUCGGCGUAGUGAUCGGCCACUGCGUGAAUUUGUUGCACAUCAUGGGCCGGCUAGUAUUGCUCUAAAUCCCAGUUAUGAGGAUCGGAAUGUGCUCGCCACAGCCGGUCGAGAUAAAUUUAUACGUGUUUGGAAGUGGUGCGAUUGGCAUGAAAGUAAUCAGAGUUCUGCUAUAUAUUCCGUUGAAACGACUACAUCCGUUUCGCGAGUACGAUGGAGGCCGUUGCAGAAAUUCCAUGUUACGAGUUGCUCAUUUGUUAACGAUACAAAUAUUCACAUAUGGGAUAUAAGAAGACCCUUCCUUCCGAUUGGAAGUUUUGAUAUUCAUAGAGAACUUUGCUGUGAUUUAAUGUGGAAGCCUGAUGACUCGAAUGUGUUGAUAUCUGCUGUUAAAAAUGGUUUCAUUGGUUUGCACUUUUUUGAAAAUGCUGACCGCCCGUUGAAUCAUGUGAAUGAUGUAGCUAUUGACAUUUCACCUUCGGGAGAAAUCGCUAUAGCUCUAAGCAGCCAUUUAAAACAAAAAAUUGAAGCCUUAGAUGAUAUCAAGAAAAUUCAGCGAGGGGAAGCGGUACCCAGAAGACGUCGUGUGUAUGAACCUUUCCAGUCGUGGAUUCCUAGUCAUUUAGUUAUUUGUGGCUCGAAAGGUUCAUCUGCAUCAUUAUAUCCCAAUCAUUUUAUUCAAUUUGCUAACGGCGAACAAAUGAAAGCUUCCAAAGAUUUUCUAUUUAGUUACCAACUCUGUGGGAGUGAUUUGCAAAAAUUAUGCAUGCACAAUGCGUUUAUUGCAAAGGCAGUAAGUCGGAGGCGUUUGGCGUGUACUUGGCGUAUGAUUGGCCUUUUAUGUUCUCUUUCUCCGUUUUUCGAAGUGAACGAUUAUAAAAUACAAUCUGAUAAUAGAAGGAGUAGCAAUGAAGAUGAUGAAGAUGCAUCCAGUGUCGCGCGUUCACGUUUUUCAUCAAAUAAAUCCUCUGGAGGGAUUCACAAUAUAGAAAGUGAAGAUUUCAACAAUUUUUCUACUGUUUCGCCUGAGUUAGCAGGUACAGCAGAUUUCUUUUUUGGCGAAGGUGAAGUAAAUAUGGAUCGACUAGAUUUUAAAAAUUCGGAAAUGAAUUCUCCCAGAAAUUACACUGGUUCUGCUUUUCUUAAAAUGGAGGCAUUUACACCACGUCUUCGUGAUGAAUUUGAUCUUUUCGAUGAAAUUCGUUCAAACAGCACAGAAGAUGGAUCGACAAUUGCUGAUGAUUGCUCUAAUGAAUUAGGAGAGCGUUCAUUUUUUUUAGGUAAAUUGUCGAUUAAAAAUGAUGUGGUGUCCUUACCGAUGUGGGAUCCUUUACCUGUCAUUCGUUCAUUGUUCGAAUAUUAUUCAGAUUUGGGAGAUGUGCAGACAUGCGUUUCGAUGCUUCUUGUCCUUGGCAAAAGGACGGCAGAGUUUAUAGAUAUUGCGUUACAAAAGCUUUGGUUUCUUGAUUACAUUGGUAUGCUUGAACGUUUUGAACUGUGGACUGUAUCUGCUGAAAUAAUUAAACUUUGUUGGAUACCAUCAGUUAACAAUCUUAGUAACGAAAAUACAUUUGUUCGAUUACUUUGCACUAACUGUCAAACGCCAUCAUUUAGUACUUUCAGUCAGUGUAAAAAAUGUGAUGCUAAAUUCCAAUUUAUUUGCUCAGUUUGUUGUCAGCCAGUUUGUGGUUUGUGGAUGUGGUGUCGUGGAUGUCGGCAUGGUGGUCAUCCGAAUCAUUUCUCUGAAUGGUUUAGUACGAAUGAAUUAUGUGCAACUGGAUGUGGCCAUCGCUGUAAAUAA